UCCAUUAUUUCAUUUCACUUCACAUUAUAUUGUUAUUGUUUCCACUUACCAAUAACAUUAUUAAUUAAUUACUAUUCAAUUCACAUAUGGCUCCAAGAAAACACCACAUCCUUCCUCUUUUGUCUCUCUUCUUUCUCUCUCGAAUUUCAUGGAGUGAUGCCACUCCACAGAAAGACUAUGAUAAAUGGUUAACGUGGAAUGUCCAUAACCACCAUUUGAGGAGGCUCGCCGCUAAGCCGCCGCCAAACGCCGCUGCUGCCGGGUUAUCGGGGAGUACUCCAACAACUAAGGCUUUAGAUGUGAGGCUUGAAAAGGCUGAGGUUAAUAAAGAAAGAUUUAUUAUUAAUCAAAAUGGAACAGGAGAUUACAAAACCAUCUCUGAAGCUAUUGAUAAUAUUCCUAUUCAUAACACUAAGAGAUUCAUCUUACAGAUUAUGCCUGGUGUUUAUAGGGAAAAGAUUCACAUCCCUAAAAUUAAGCCAUUCAUAAGCUUCAUCGGAGAUCCGGAUAAUCCACCAACCAUCACUGGGAAUGACACGGCGUCAUCUAUGUCACAAGGAGGUGGCGCGGCCUUAAGCACCUUUCAGAGUGCUACCGUUGCAGUGGACGCUGAUUACUUCAUCGCCUCCAAUAUUAUAUUCGAGAACACGGCUCCACAUGAAGUGGGCACAGUGGGGGAGCAAGCAGUGGCACUAAGAAUAUCAGGCAACAAAGCUUCAUUUUAUGAAAGUAGCUUCUAUGGUUCACAAGACACACUUUAUGAUCACAAAGGCCUUCACUAUUUCCGCAAUUGCUUUAUUCAAGGCUCCGUUGACUUUAUAUUUGGCUACGGUAGAUCAUUCUAUGAGAAUUGUACAUUGAACUCAAUAGCAAAGAAGGUGGCAUCAGUAACAGCACAAAAAAGGAAUGAAAAAUCAAUGUCAAGUGGAUUUUCCUUCAAAGAUUGCAAGGUGACCGGAAGUGGUACGGUUUACUUGGGAAGAGCAUGGGGUGAUUAUUCUAGGGUUGUUUACUCUUUCUCUUUUCUCGACAAACUUGUUCUCCCUCUUGGAUGGAACAAUUGGGGUAAAUCUAACCGUAAUUCGAAGGUGUACUAUGGAGAAUACAAAUGUAGUGGGCCUGGAUCCAAUGUUACGGGAAGAGUUACUUGGGCUCGGGCCCUUACAGAUGUAGAGGCUGAACCUUUCAUUGGGACUUAUUAUGUUGAAGGCGAUAGUUGGCUUUUGAGCCCAUCAACAUGAUUUUGAUCACCAACCUCCUUUCUUUACUUCUUUUUAUUUAUUUAUUUAUUUAUGCUCAUCAACUUAAUAAAGUGUCACCUCUUGCAAUCUAACACUUUUUUCAUGGACUAUACAAUUCCAAACCCAAUUCCCUUUA